AUGCAACAACAUAAGAAAAAACACAAACUACGCGAACAGGAAAAGAUAGAUCCGUUGAAACAAGAAGAAACAGCGCAAAAAAUCGCGACGGUGGAAGCCAAAAGACAGCAAGUCAUAAAGGACGUGGAAUUUUCUUUAAAGCGAAGACGAUUUGAUAGGAUUGCGAUAGAAAAUGCGCGUUCCAACAUAGAAGCAAGCAUUCGGCAAAAAGAAAUUAGAGAUAUGAAAAAAUUACGCGGAGAAAAAACAAUGUUGCAGAUUCGUAAAGAUCUCAGUGCUGUCAUCGAAGCGAGUAUAAAAUGCAUUUAUCCGUCAGCAAUUAUACCUAAGAAGAUUAAGUAUGAUGGUCGUGCGACGCUAACAAUUAACAAUGUCAAGUACAAAAUAAAAAAUAAUUUACAUAUUGUUGGCUGGGGCAAGGAAGUUGUUACAAUGAGCUCAGCGUUUGAAAAAGUGGUUGGUAAACAACUGAAAAGAGGAUUUAUAGUAGUACCUCGCAAAUCGAUCUCUAUGAUGUGGAACUUUCCGGAAGCGUUUCCAAAGUUGGACAGUCGUAUAACUUUCGUUGAAGUCGGGAUGGAUGGACAACCAGACCAGAAAACAGUCGAAAUGACGCAGAAAAUCGCGAAGUACUGUAAGCGACUGAAAAAACGUGACUUAUUGAUAGUUAUGUUGUCGCGAGGUCUAGACGAUCUUCUGUGCUGCCCGCAAAAUACAAUUACAUUGAAAGAUAAGUUAAGAGUUCUCAACAGGUUAAAAACUGCUAAUGCGACUCUCGAAGAGAUCAAUAUCGUGAGAAAUAAACUUUCUGCGAUAAGAGGCGGUGAUCUGGCACGUUUGGCUUAUCCGGCUAAAAUCAUCACCCUCUUCACAUCUGACGUGUCAGCAGAACCAUCGGAACAAUUGGGAGGUGGUCCGUGCGUUUACGAUCCAAAGGAUCAAAGAGCCUUAGCUAUUUUAAUGAAGUAUAAACUUAUCGACAAAGUAUCGCAGAACGUUCGCGAACUGUUAGGGGAAGCCGACCCCCGGAAGACGAGGGCGGAUACCCAAUUGGACGAGAAGAAGAGGUAUAAGUUCGUGCAGCAAUAUGUGAUCGCGUGUAACGCCGAUGCUAUAGAGUGCAUGGCGACGGAAGCCCUUAAACUGGGGCUGUCCCCUUUGAAAUUAAACUCCACCUGUGGCGGGACCGUCGAGGAAUUCGCGCAGGAGUACGUGAAGAUCGCGUCGCUAAUGAUCCUGGCGGUUGAGAACAAAAUUACCAAGUUAGAAAUGUACGAGCAAAUGAAGGAAAGUCCGAUAUGUCCUCUGACCGAUCAGAAGGUGUGGGAGAUGUUUCCUACGAAGGACAAAUGGGGUCUGGGGCUAUGCCUUUUGCUGGGAGGUCAACCGACCGUUAAUCUUGGCGAGAAUUCCGGCAAAGGUGGCCCCAAUCAAGAACUCGCCCUCUACUUUUCCUUAUAUUGGUACAUGCGUACAAAGCAAUAUCCAAUUUUGCGAAACUACACCGUCUGGUUCCUCGGCGGUAGCUCUGACGGAAGAGACGGCAAUACCAGCGCAGCUGGCGCAUUCGGAUACAAGAGCCUCGCUACUGACGUUCACCCGGAAUACGAAAAAGCGAAGAGUAUGUAUAAGACUGCCUUUCUAAAAUGGCGGAAGCUCGCCGAAGAUAAACAGAGCGAGUCGGAGAUCGUGAAGGCUCGCCAAGCGAUGAAAGACGCAGAGGAAAUGAAGGAGAGGUAUGCCGCUAUUCUGCCGGAACGAGUUUUAAGGGAAAACAACACAAAUUUGUUUUUCUCGAAUAUCAACAGCGGCGACGAGUUACUACAACUAAAGAGAGAAAAUUAUUACACACUCGCGGAUGUCGGAGAUCUUCACGUUAUACGUAUCGCCCGUUUCCAAUGCAACUGCAGCGGUACCUGUCACGUAGACGAAGAUAGGAUGUACGCCGAUAGAGACUACCCUGUCAAUCGUAUGUUAUCGGGGACGGUAGUCCCAGUGUUACAAUAUUGUUGUCGGGUCGCAGCACCGAAGAGCCUUUGAUUAUU